AUGUCAUUGUUUCAACGUUACGGGAUUCCUGGCCCAAAACCAAACUUUUUCUUCGGAAAUUUAAUUGAAUUCAAUAAAGAGAGAGAUAAAUGCAUAGAAAAAUGGAUAAAACAAUACGGAAAAAUGUUUGGGUUUUAUCUAGGAGCUAAACCGUAUUUCGUAUGCAUUGACGUUGAAUUUUUGAAACUCAUUCAAAUAAAGGACAGUUACAAUUUUUGCAAUAGAGAUUCGCUGUUACCAGGUUGUGGAUUUCCGCAUGAUCAAUCUAAAAAUAUGCUUGCAGUAUUAACCGAUCAGAAAUGGAAAAACUUAAGAAGUAUUCUCACUUCUUGUUUCAGUACUGGUAGAGUUAAAAUGAUGAGUACUGUAAUGUCUUCACCGAUAAAAGUUUUUCUAACAAAUGUGGAGAAGCAUGAAGGUCAACCGUUUGACAUUUCGGAGAUGUGUAAAAAAUUGGUGUUUGAUAUUGUCUGUACAUCAGCAUUCGGUGUAUCCACAAAUGUUCAAAAUAAUGAAACUAGCAAAUUUGUUGAAUCUGCUAACGCUGCAUUUUCAGCUGAUUCUGCUGAUAUUUUAGCUGCAAUAACAAUUUGCUUUCCGGAAAUAGAGCCAAUAUGUACGUUUCUUCGACAUAAAAUAGAUGGUUUAAAGUACGUGCUGAAGCUACCUUCUCUGACUUUCAUUUAUGAAACCUGUCAAAAAAUCGUCACCUCCAGAAAAAAAUUACACUCUCCUCCACCAGAUUUACUGCAGACGUUGAUAGAUGCGGAAGAUAAGACUCCUAUAAAAAUAAAUAAACUUCCAGAUAAUUUUGUUAUUGCAAAUGCGAUGUUGUUUAUGGCGGCUGCAUAUGAAGCAACAAGUUCUACAAUAGGAUUGUGUAUUAAACAUCUCGCUGGUAAUCCUGAAAUACAAGAGUUUAUUCGUGAAGAAAUAAGAAGCAACGUUUCUGAAGAUGUUGAUAUCCAGUAUUCUGACUUGACUAAUUUCCAGUUGCUAGAUCAAGUUAUCUCUGAAACUCUUCGCUUUCUUCCAAUCCCCUUAAUAAGUGUAAAUCGCAUAUGCGCGGAAGAUUAUUGUUAUAAAGACAUCACUAUUCCUAAAGGUUGUAUUAUAACGAUUCCAAUACAAUUUUUGCAAAAUGAUCCAGCUUAUUGGAUUGAACCUGAUAAGUUCAAUCCCUACAGGUUUUCAUUUCAGGAUAAGCAAAAAAUUGAUUCUAUCACUUACCAGCCAUUCGGAGUAGGGCAAAGAAUAUGUAUCGGACAGAGGUUAGGAAAAACUAUAAUAAAAUUAGUACUGGCAAAUCUGAUACGAUCAUUUAAAUUAGAAGAGUGCGGAGACGAUGAAAAUGAAAGAGUAAUCUCCUUAUAUUCGAGUAAUCCUAAGAAUAAAAUAAUGGUGAAAGCGGCACUAUUAACUUCGUAAUUGGAGACAAUGCUUUAUGUUUUCAAUGCUAAACAAGAAUAAUUAUUAACGUAGUAUAUGAAUUCAAUUGUAUUUAAUUUAAACAAGUGCUGGCUAUUAAAUUUGCUACAGCAGAAAAGAAAGCAAAUAGAAGAAUCGUAUGUAUUGUUUACAUACAGUGUAACAAAAUGGAGACGUGAUUUAAUUGACAGGUAAUCUUCAGGGACAGUGCACUUAGCAUGUUGUACGGGUUUAAUGCAGGUUUCGUG